AUGUAUUUGAAUAUUUCAAAUGUGGCAGUAAAAUCACGCAGUUUAAUAGAAAACGUGAAUACCAAUCUUGUCGAAUGUUUCAACAGUCUCAUUGCUAAGUUUAUAGGAGGAAAGCGAAUAAAUUUUGCCUUGAAACGAGGGUACCAAGGGAGGUGUAAUGCUGCAGUCGUAAAAUUUAAUGAAAAGUCAGCCAUAUCCUAUGUGCAAAACACAUUAACAAAUAAAGAUCGACCCGAAAUGGGAUUUGCUGAUGUUGUGGAAAAGAAAAGGGAAGAAGCUCAGAAAAGAAAAAACAACUCAGAACGUCCAGUUAGGAAGAAAAUCAGGAAAUUGACAGACGCGAAACAAAAACAAAAUGACUAUGGCCCCACCAGUUUAGAUCCGGAUAUGUCCCAGUCUGAACUAGAAGUAGCUAAAGAAGAAUUUCUAAAGAAUUUAGAAACUCUUACUGCUGACAAGGACGCGAUUGAACGUAACACGAAAAUUCGAAAAAAAUCUUAUUACUGCCUUCAAUUUCGGCCCUAUUUGCAAAGGGCAAGUAUCAAAAGACAUUGCAUCGCAAUAAAAUUAGUAAUUGGUUGUACCAAUCCAGGGACAAUUGCAUGUGGCAAGACGACGGCAAUGUCUACUUAG